UCGCAGGAUCGUUUCUCGGUAUACAGCGUAAGGACAGUGCUUUCAAUAAUUGCUCUUGUCUGUCAAAUAGCCAUGGCAUUUUUGAGUUUUUGCUGGCUGAAGGAGUCCGGUGCCAACAUAUUCAGAGGAGGUGUUGUUUUGUUCUUCAGUGGAUCAGCCGUCACCAUGGCGUUGCUCAUCAACUUGUCAAGUAACUGGUGUAAUCUCCUAAACAAAUGGGAACAGGUCGAGGGAUACUUCGGCCACCAAAAGCAUUUGAAGUUGAAAUUCAUUUUCAUAUCUAUUGUGUGUAUUAUUUUUUCAAUGGGUAUCAUAACGACGAAAAAGGAGAGUUCUCACGAAGUGUUUGAAAUUUACGUUGUAAGAAUGUUCCCACAAGUAUUUAAUGUAAUUACAUACAACACGUGGAUAGCAGUGCUGGUUUUGAUCAUUAACUCUGUGUCGACUCUCACCCUCUGUUUCUCGGACCAGAUUAUCAUCAUGGGCAGCUUAGCACUAGGAAAUUACUUUCAGAUAUUCAAUGAGCGCAUGAAAACACAUAAAGGAAAGAAAUUGACACCGGAUGAAUGGAAGACAUUGCGAGUAGACUACACGCGGCUGUGCAAUUUGGCUAGAUUGCUGAAUGACUGUUUAUGUCAUUUGUUGUGCGUAUCUUUGCUAAUACACGUUUACAUCAUAUGCGUUGAAAUGCAUCAGGGUGUCGUGUAAGGAUAUGUUUAUUGUAUUAAUUCUAGUGUUAAGUUAAUGUUGUAUAUAUAUUUAUUAAGGGAAUUUUA